GACACAGGUGUGAAAAUAUCGUCUAUGGUCAUAUCAUGAAUGAAGAGGACUAAGAUGUCCUGACUGAAGGGAGAAUUACUUUUCUGAUGCUGAAUGUUGUGAGAGUCGACACCCGUCCUGGAAAGAUCCCUUGUGUGUUGCUAUCAGUCAAAUCAAAGGUAAAAACAAGACACACGCCCUUUUAUAUUACCUCAAUCCCCACGAGCCGGGGAUCUCCCGUUGUUUUUCGGGGCACACAGUGUGACAGACAGUUCGUCCGAGGAUGAGGAGAGAUCUUGGGGUGGCAUUGCUCUUGCUGCUGUCUGCAGCUAUAGAGUCCAAAAGCACGUCUCCACCAGGGAAACCAGUCCUGCUCGGCUGCAGGUCCCCCGACAAGGAGACGUUCACCUGCUGGUGGGAGCCGGGCUCCGAUGGAGGGCUGCACACCACACACCGUCUGUUUUACGAGAGAGAAAAUUUGGAGGGAACGCACGAGUGUCCGGACUAUAAAUCGGCAGGAAGGAACUCCUGUUUCUUUGACAAGGAACACACCUCCAUCUGGGUCUACUACUACCUGACUGUGAUGGCCUCCAAUGCUCUGGGGAAUGCCACUUCAGACAUCUUUAAGAUGGAAGUGAUGUAUAUUGUGAAGCCCGAUGCUCCUGAAAAUGUGACGCUGCUGGUGGAGGAGAGAGAGAACAGUCCAUAUCUUCUCAUCAGAUGGGAGCCUCCCUCUAACACGGACACCAAGUCCGGCUGGGUCACCGUUAAAUAUGAACUUAGAGUCCAAGAAGACAACAGCAAGUGGACGGAGUACCCUGCCGGUACACAAACUCAUUUCACCCUGUACAGCCUCAGUCCUGGGGCGGUGUACACAGUUCAGGUCCGCUGCAGGCUAGACCACGGCUCCUGGAGCGAGUGGAGCAACUCGACCUGUGUGAAAAUCCCUAACUAUCAUCAGAAUAUGAGACCAUUUUGGAUAAUGGUUUCUAUCCUCUCUGCAAUGCCACUAAUAACAGCAGUGUGUAUCUUGGUACUGAAGAGGAAAUCCGUAAAGCAGUUUUUUCUGCCCCCGGUUCCUGGUCCAAAGAUAAGAGGUGUUGACGCUCAACUUCUCAAGAGUGGGGGAUCUAAAGAAGUCGACAAUGCCCUGAUGGUCAACCAGAGCUUUCCUCCUAUCUCGGCCUGGAAGGACCAAAUGGAGGAGUACCUAAUUGUGACAGAAAAUGACGAUGGGCUUCCCUCCAAUUCUCAAAAAAGGAAGAAAAGCUUCAUUAUUCCCGCUGGCUUCAACUUAGACUUGGAGAAAAUCUAUUUUGAUGCGACAACAAAAUGCCAAAAUGCCUGGGAAACGACAAAGGAAAGAUAUGAAAAGGAUAGCUUUGAAGUAGAUAACACCAUCCAACCCUUAACAAACAUCGGUUAUGUGGAUAUUCAGAGACAUGUGGAAAACAUCCAGGCGGUGGAUGUAAAACAGGUGGACUACAGCAGAGUGAAAGAGGUGAAUGGUGAAAAUAUUCUCAUCUGCAAAAAAGAAAACGUCCCAUUUGAGAGCUCUGGCUACAUUGGUGUUCGGAUACAAGAGAACACACCAGAGGAGUACAGCAGGGUGAAGGAGGUGGACAGGAACAAUAUGGUCAUUCUGCAGACACAGAAUGUGUCGGUUGACACUUCCAGUAGAGAAAAGGAAAACCACUACACAGACUGUGACCUUCUGAGGACAAGAAAACCUCAUAUGUGCACAGAACUCAUCGAAAACGGAUAUGUGGAUACCAUCCACCCAUCAUCAAAUAUAGGAUGAAUCGCUAUGACAUUUAGA